CGAGACAGCAGCAGUUACGGCUAUAUGCGAUCCUCGUCCGUGUUUAUUAUAGCAUUAUAUAUGCCCGUGGUUUAUAUAUAUAUACAGGACCGUGUUUGUGAAUGAAGACGUAAGGAACUACUCUAACAUCAUCUACAGAAGCUGUGUUUUUGAACGUUUAUCAAACUCCAGACGUUAUAUGGUUACUUUCAGCUGGUUCAGACGAUCAUUGUCCCCGCAGCCCGGUCUCCAAAUAAACCUCACGGUUGAUAUUCUGAUCAACCAAGCUGUUGAAUUCGGCUGCACGCAGUCUGACGUAGGGAUCGCAGGCCCGAUUGAUCAGACGAAUGUGAGGAGUUCAUUGGUCACAGCCUGUUGGAGGCGAGGCUGGCAGCCCGUCUUUGACUAGAGAGCCGAAGGCGUCGCUGGUGUUGGGUCCUGGGUGCGACUGCAGACUUGUUGCUAGCGUAGUUGAGUGUGGCUAACUGACUUCGGGCGUAACUAGCGACCUGAUUGUGUGGUUGGAGGAUCGUGAAUUUUCCAAGAUGACCAGCAGAAUUAUUACAAUAGUGUCCAUGGGGGUGAUUAUGAUAGUGAUCUGUCUAUGUCUCCUGUCAAUGAGUCAUCAGUCACGAAAAACGCGUUUUCGUCGCCACGUUGGACGCAAAUGUUUCAUCAAGCCCUUGAGAAGUGUCUCGGAGUUCUAUCAUUAUUUCGAGAAGAUCGAGUACAAGUGUAACAGUCUGAAACCAUUCGGAAUGCGUCCCCUGCGGGAGGAUGGGGCCAAGUUCGUGUGUUUGGACGAGAAGUUUGGGCUAAAGCGUAACGCCUGUACCGUCCUCUCUUUCGGUGUUAACUAUGAGUGGGAGUUUGAGGACGACAUGGAUGACUACGGAUGUAAAGUGUACGCUUUUGAUCCGACAAUGCAAACGCAAAACGACCACAAAAGGUCAGAGCGCAUCAGUUUCUACAGACUGGGCAUCGGCGACAUUCAGGGUACGAGAAAUGUAGGCAUGGGUCAAGACUUUGACUACUUCAAGGUGGACCGCUACGAGAACAUCUUGCACAUGCUGGGCCUGCAGGAUGCCAGGGUAGACUACCUCAAGAUGGAUGUGGAACUUAGUGAACUGGAGUUCCUCAGGGACGUCCUGAGGAACAACCCCCACUACCUUACCAACGUCGGCCAGAUAGCCAUGGAGAUCCACCACGGCUAUAACGGUGAAGGUCUUGACCAGAAGCCCCCACGAGUGGGACCUCUGAGCCCCACCAGUACGCUGCCUCUCUUUUGGAGUCAUUUCCAGGAACUGCGAUGCCUCGGCUUUCGGCUGGUCCACGCUAGAGAAAACUCUCCAUGGCACGAGGUCCUGUGGGCCCGCGCUGACCAUUGGUAGUUGGCUACUUAGUGUACAGGGGUUGGGUAGUUAGUGUAACGUAACUGUACUUUACGGCUCGUUGCACUAACAGAGACAAGAAAUUAACGGUCUUGGGACUUGAAUAAGAUGGAUCUAACCGCGUGUAACCAGUGUAAACCCGUAGUUACGUACAUACAAAAUAAUUAGAAUCAAAAUCACCAGGGAAAAAAAUAUUA